AGAGGCAUGGGGGCUGCCCAAAGUCCGUAGCGCUCGGCUCUUAAACAGAGCCGAAGAGUCAGGGGAGGAGCAGAGCAGCCGCGGGAGGGGAAGUGCCCGGCCGGCAUUUUCCCGGACAUGUUCGGCUUUUUGGCAAUUCCCCCCGGACGGGGGUUUGAUUGCCGAAAAGCCGGACAUGUCCAGGAAAAACCGGACGUAUGGUAACCCUAUGGCGUCCUGGGUGGGCUCGAGGCUGAAAUUUAGCCUUGUCCGGAUCCCUUCUGGCGGCCGACGGAUUACGACACCGCCCGACACCCAGAGCGCUCACCGAUGACUUCAUUGGGGGCCUCGGCGGAGACGUGAUUUGCUCGACCCCAGAGGGCACAACGGUGCACGCACUCGGACAGUGGAGAAGCAGCUGUGGGCUACGGUGCAGAACCAGACCCUUGGAUAAGGAGUAGCUAGUUAGAAAGUCUCUGUUAACUCAGCAGCAGCCAGAGCUGAGAGCUUCCCAGUUUCAGUCAACUGCAGAGGGAGUGACCCAGCACAAGAAAACAGGAAAAUGACUACAAAAGAAGAAAAAGCCAAAGAGGAGGCCCACAAGAGAGCUCUGGAGCUGAAAGAAAAAGAGAUAGAGCUGAGAGACAGAAAAGAGAAAGCCAAAGAGGGGGCCCACAAGAGAGAGAUGGAGCUAAAAGAAAGAGAAGAGAAAGCCAAAGAGGAGGCCCACAAGAGAGAGAUGGAGCUGAAAGAAAAAGAUAUGGAGCUGAAAGAAAAAGAGAUGGAGGAGAGAGAAAAAGAAAGGAAGCAUGAACUGGAAGUAGCAAAGGCUAAGCCGGAUACAACAGCCAAUCCUAACAACCCCUCUCCAGGUACCACUUUCCAUCCCAGAAAAUUCCCCACCUACAAGGCAGGCGAUGAUACUGAGGCCUUCUUAGAAAAUUUUGAAAGGUCCUGCCUUGGAUACAACAUCGCUGCAGACCAGUACAUGGUAGAGCUGAGACCGCAGCUCAGUGGACCCUUAGCAGAGGUGGCGGCUGAAAUGCUUAAGGAACACAUGAACAGUUAUGAACUUUUUAAAAACAAGGCCAGACUCAGAAUGGGGCUAACACCCACCUGACAGUUCUGUAUAGAAGUUAUGUUACUGAAAGGAUGUAUAAUGGCAAUGUGUAUGUGUUCAUUGUUGGAGAAAAGGUGUCUGAGUGAAAAGUGGAAGGUUCCUUUGUAAGUUAGAAGAAGCCGAGAAAUGGAGAAGGAAAAAGCACAGAAUGAGUUAACUGGGAAAAUAUAGCUAGCAAGCUCAUUCAUGCUGGCCCUAUCCAAGGACAUUGUUCACAGCCAAGACUUGGCUGACAACCAAGAGAAAGGGGGGCCUGAAUGUGCCCAAGCAACUAUGAGAUCUGCAAAAUACUACCAGGCAUAAUGAGGACAACAGAAGGGUUUAAAAGCAGCUUUGCUGGACAGUAUUGGCCCAGGGAUUUAAAAAUUCCCCCACUCUGUUCGGACAGGCUCUGACCAGAGAUUUGGAGGAGUGGGACAAUGAGGACAAAGCCCUCCUUCUGCAAUAUGUAGAUGAUUUGCUAAUUGCUGCUGUGGGUCUAAUCCCUUGUCUUAAAGCUACUGUGAGUCUCCUGAACUUUAUUGGACUCCGAGGAUACAGGGUAGCUCGAAGCAAAGUUCAAAUUGCACUCCCUGAAGUUCAGUAUCUGGGAUUUCACAUCAGACAGGGAGAAAGCCUCCUUUCUGUCAUUUGAGAGGCUAUCUGCCAAGUUCCUAUCCCUAGUUACCGUAAACGUCUUAGAGCAUUUUUGGGCAUGGCAGGUUUUUGCAGAAUAUGGAUCCCAGAGUUUGGACUGUGGGCUAAACCUCUGUAUGAAUGUGUUAAGGGAGCGGAUCAUGACCCCUUUCACUGGUCCCCAGAAGCGGACAGGGCAUUUCAGUUACUAGGUGUCUGGAAACGUCCCGUGGCAUACUUCUCUAAGCAACUGGAUCAAGUUUCAAAGGGUUGGCCAGCAUGUUUGAGGGCGGUAGCAGCCACUGCCCUAGUACUUGGGGAAGCUGAAAAACUGACACUGGGAGGAACUGUGCAAGUGUAUAUUCCCCAUAUGGUUCAAGCCCUGCUGUAUACUAAGGGUAGUCUCUGGCUCACACAGGCUCGGGUUGCUCGGUACCCAGCGAAACUGUUAGAGAACCCUGAAGUUAACCCUGCAAACCUGUCCCUCCCUUAAUCCAGCUACCCUGCUACCAGAGACAGAAAAGCAGGAACAUGACUGUCUGGAAAUCAUAGAUGCCCACUACUCUAGCCGCCCAGAUUUAAAAGAUCAACCACUCCCAAAUGCUGACUUGGAAUGGUAUACAGAUGGCAGUAGUACUGUUGUAAAUGGGAAAAGGAGGGCAGGUUAUGCUAUUGUGACACUUCAUGAUACCAUGGAAGCUGAAAGUUUACCUGCUGGGACAUCUGCCCAACUUGCUGAACUAGUGGCCCUGACUCGUGCACUCGAGCUGGCAAAAGACAAACGGGUUAAUAUCUUUACUGACUCAAAGUAUGCUUUUGGGGUAUUGCAUGCUCACGCUGGUCUGUGGAAGCAAAGGGGAAUGCUAACAGCCCAAGGUUCUCCGGUUAAGCAUGGGUUUCAAAUUCUCCGGCUGUUAGAAGUGGUACAACUCCCCUUAGCAGUAGCAGUGGUACAUUGCAAAGCCCAUCAAAAGGAAGAUCAAGAUGUAACCAAGGGGAAUGCCAGAGCAGACAGGGAAACCAAGCGUGCUGCUACCCUGAAAUCACCAACAGAAGAGAAUGCCCAAAUGCAUGCCCUUAUCCCAUCAGUAGGUGAGCUUGCAGCCCCUCAGUAUUCCCAUGAUGACAGAAACCUGGCUGACAGGCUCGGUCUCCAGGAAAAGGAGGGAUGGCUUUAUUCCACAGAGGGAAAAAUCCUCCUGCCCAAGGUUCUGAUUCGACCAGUGUUGCAGAAACUGCAUCAGACCACACACGCAGGCAGAGAGGCUCUUACCCAGCUUAUGAAUAAAUAUUUUCUAACCUCUGGACUUAAACCCCUAGCCUCACAGGUACAGGCUGAAUGUUUAAUCUGCCAAAAGAACAACCCUCGACCAGGAGUAGCAGUGUUACCAGCCACUCUGGAACGUACCCCAGGCCCAGGAUUGGUGUGGCAAAUAGACUUUACUGAGUUUCCCAGGACCCAAGGGUACAGGUACCUCCUCGUCUUGGUGAAUCAAUUCAGUGGAUGGCCUGAAGCCUUCCCAUGUCGUAACAACACUGCCAAGACAGUGGCUCUUAAGUUGGUUAAGGAGAUCAUUCCUCGCUUCGGCCUCCCCCAGUGGAUGGAAUCUGAUAAUGGAACACACUUCACCUCUCAAGUUGUUCAAAAGAUAUCAAGUGCUCUGCAAAUCCCCUGCAAGCUCCACACACCAUGGCGACCACAAGCCAGUGGAGUAGUAGAACGCACAAAUCAGACACUCAAGCGACACCUCUCAAAGGUCUGUCAGGAGGCCUCUCUUAGGUGGCCUGAUGCUUUGCCCCUUGUGUUACUCCACAUUCGUGCUCUCCCCAAGGGUAGGUUAGAGCUUAGUCCCUUCGAGAUUAUGUUUGGAAGGGCAUGGCCUCUGAAUGGUACGCCAGUUCUGGCAGGGGAGUGGGAGAUGGGGUAUGGUUUCUUGUCUCAGUACAUGUGCUCUCUGUCUGCUGUUCUUUCUUCUCUUCACAGAUAUACCAAAGAUUCACAGCCUCUUCUGCUGGAUACCCCGGUCCACUCCCUGCAGCCUGGUGACUCAAUUCUCAAGCUGACCUGGAAGCAUGAGCCUCUCCAAGAGAAGUGGAAAGGACCCCAUAUCAUCCUGCUUGUUUCCCAAAUAGCGGCAAAGGUCAAAGGACACAAGAAAUGGAUUCAUCACUCUCGACUGAAAGCAGUACCCGCUCCUGAACAGUGGACUGUCCAGCCUGCUGAGAAGACUGCUAAUGACGAUUUGGGACUUAAGCUGUUAUUCAAAAGACUGUAAGGGUCACUGGAAAUGCCUGGUGAUCUUUCUGAACAGCCACAGCACACUCCCCACGAGAACCCUGGGCAUUGGUUUUAUCUAUUCACAGUAGGCCAACCUAACCUAUGGUCCUGGUCCCUUUAUUUUUUUAUUUGUUUGAUAUCAAUAUUUCUUAUCAACUGGGCAUUUGGGUUGUUGUAAUCACAAUGUGGAUUCAGGUUUAGGGUCUCUCACAACAUUCCUUUUUGUCACAGAAGCACUCCUUCUGUUACCUAAUGUUUCAUCCACAUCGCAUGCAGGAUGGGGAGCCAUCCCUGCAGAUAUGGCCUACACAAUGGCUCUUGGAAUUCCCACUAUAGUAGCACUCUUAAGCCCCAGCCUAUUCGUCUACACUCUCCACCCACUGGUCUCAUAUGUUAUCAGCAAGCCAGUACAAGUAAUCAUACCUGGUUUGCAGGCAUUAGUAAGUGUAGAUUUUAUAUUGGUCCUGGUAUAAGUCUCACUGUUCCUUUACUAAAUGCCAGCGGUUGGCAAAUCGGCUCUGCAUUCUUUGCCCUUUCCCCACAAGCCAUCCUACGGGACCUACAAAGUAACAAUGGAAAGGCUAGUUAUGGUGAAGCAUUCUGGGUUUGUGGUAAUAGUGCCGAUAAAUAGCUCCCUCAUGGUUGGCAUGGUAGCUGUUACAAAGGCUAUCUCGCUCCCCCCCUCCGUGUUCUCACCAAGGUUCCCUCAGGUCGCCCUAGGUACUAUCGGUCCCUGAGAGCUACCAUUGAACCCAUUGCUGAAGGAGACAGGUUUGGGAUGAUAUCCCUCCCUUCCUAUGGGGUGGGACGGCUAACCCAACUCUACAGAAGACUGUCUAAAUUUCUCACUCAGUUUGCCAAUGAUACCCUGGCCAUAGAGAAAUGCAUAAGUGCUGAACUGUACCAGCUUCGACUGCUGGCUUUGCAAAACCGCCAGGCCCUAGAUUAUGUGUUAGCUUCACAGGGUGGGGUAUGUGCCCUUAUUGGAGAAGAAUGUUGUACCUAUGUCCCGGAGUUUUCACAGGAUAUUAACAAGCAUAUCUUGUCAGCCGAACAGGCCUUGAACCAGUGGAAGGCCCAGGAAGGGGAACCCACUAUUUUUGAUUCCCUUUGGGGUUGGUUACCUGGUCUAGGAGGACUAGGGGGAGGCAUUGUUCGCAUCUUGCUCACAGGUGUUGUGAUAUAUUUUGUCCUUUUCCUUUUGCUCGCUUGCUGUAAAGUGCUCAUAUGUAAGAUUUGUACCUCCCAUACCCCAGAAGUUCCCUUAUACCCUCUCAUUGAUAAUCCUGAUUGCAUGGAGCUUAAUCGCAUUUUGUCUUUAGAGUAUGAGAAAACUCUGUCAAAGGUUUGUUGAGUGUUCUCAAAGGAAGGAUUGUUGGUGUCACUAGGCAUAGCUACCAGGUAACUCGGGAGAGUGGAAGGCCAGAAGUGCCGAUGAAGCUCUUCUGCUCUGGGUCUAAAUGAGCCACAGUGACUCCAUCUUGUGAACAUUAACCAGCCUAAAGUGCUGACAGCCUAAAAAGCAAAAUAUAUAAUGGUCAGCUUUUCUAGCAGAUAGCUGCUGUUUCGCUCACUCACAAACGCUGUAGUGAUAAGAGCGGGGGAAGGAAGAGGGAGGGCAAGACUGCAUGUGCACAGGCCUGCGAAGGUCGAAAGAUAAGCAUGUGAAUGGGAAAGUUUCUAACAUGCACACUGUGUACCUGCUGUAACUGUUGUCUGGAAGGGAGGGGUAAGGGUGAAAUAGACAAAGGCUUGCACAGAAACUGCUGGGAAUAUAAAAGGGAAAACGUGUUUGUAUGCGCUGCACUUGAUUUGAGAUAUGUUGGUCUCCUAGUGCCUAUUCUGAGAUCUCGAAUAAAUUUGCUUUGUUUCUCCA